AUGGAAGAUGAAAGGUUGCUAUCGAUUGUAAAAGAGUUGGGAGUUAAACAUUGGAAACUAAUUGGUAUAAAACACGGUUUGAGAGAUGGAAAGCAAUGUCGCGAAAGAUGGCAUAAUCAUCUUAAUCCCAAUUUAAUAUAUGGUCCAUUGACACCUAAAGAAGACGAAUUAAUAUUGUAUUAUUACUCAGAAAUGGGAACAAAAUGGGCCGUAAUGGGUCAUUUAUUAGAUACAUCACAAAAACAACAAAAACGGAAAAAACGAAAAUUUAAAAAAAUUCCCUUGAAUCAUCAUCAAUCUACCGCCAUCACCACUGUCAGCACCAACACUACCAAUAAUAGUCAUAAUUUCAUUCUUAGAACACCUAAUAUUAGUGUUAAUUCUAUAAAUACACCACCAUCACCAACGCAAACAAAAUCAAUUAAAAGGUAUAAUCAUCGUAAUUAUAAUCCAAAAGUAGAAGAAAUAAUACAUUCAACAAAAAAACCGAUCAAUACUACCAAAACAUCACUGUCUCCAACACCUAAAUCUAUUAAAACAUCUUAUGAUCCAAAAAUACAAAAAGAGUCACCAUCAUCAUCAUCAAAAACUGACCCAGAUAAUAACGCUAACAACUCACCUGGUCAAGGUCCUUUAUACCUUGAUUUUGAAGGUUAUGAUCCUUUGAAUCCAAGAAAACAUAUUAAACGUAUAGAAUCUGCUCCUGUAAUCCCACAAAUAUCAAUAGAUGAAGAUGACGCCGCUUUUGAAUUUACAAAUGAUCCUAUUGAUCUUGCUCUACGAAAAUUCCUUAUGGAGUGUUAUCUCCCAAAAGAAACACAACAAAUUGACCGUGUGAUGGAAGCUUUUGCAAAAAGAUAUCAUGAAAAUAAUCCUGAACUGUUUCCAUCCUCUGAUACACCUUAUAUUCUUGCAUUUUCAUUAUUAAUGCUCCACACUGAUGCAUUCAACAAAAGUGUAAAGCGUAAAAUGACAAAAGAAGAUUUUAUAAAAAAUACAAGGAUUGACGGUGUUGCUCCAGAAAUUUUAGAGAAAAUUCCUACCGAGUUUAAACCAUCUAUUCAUACACUCGUUCCAGUUGAAAAUCCUUAUUCAUACAUGGGAACCCUACCUUCAAUGGACACUACACAUAUCCAUCGUGCAUUUGCCAGUGCACACGCAAUAAGAAUCACCGGCGUACAAACCCGUCAUAACGGUGAAACUUUCAAUCACGCAAAUACUUUACACCAAUUAGAGGAAGAAAAUGGGACUUUUGUUCUCAAAAUAACUAAAGGUGGUAAAUUAGGUAGGAAGGUUGAUAUGGUCGAUGGUAGGAAAAAAAGUGGUAUAAGAAAUUGGAAACAAUAUGGUGUUAUUUUAAGUGGGAGUCAAUUGAUGUUCUUUAAAGAUGAAGCUUGGCCAGACGUGAUACUUAUGACAGCAGAAUCUAUUGCAGUGCAUGAUAAAACAUAUAAAAAAUAUCCAAAUGUAUUUCGACUAGUAUGUCCAAAAGGUCAUCAAUAUCUAUUUCAAGCAGAGAAUGAAUCGGAAAUGAAUGAUUGGAUAACAAAAAUAAAUUAUGCUGCGACAUUUAAAUCAAUUGUUAAUAAAGAUGACGGAGCUAAUGAUGCACACAGCAGGGCUAAUGUUCUAAGGUCAAAGAUUGACGAACUUCAAGGUAAAAUUUCCACACUUACAUCUCAACUUCAGAAUGACGUAAGGUUCAGGAAUAAUUUGUUUAUAAUGAUGCCAUAUAAAACAUCUACACGAGAUCGUAUUAUUCAACUUGCUUUGAUGGUAGCACACCGUAUUAAACACACCUGUUUGGAACUUAGUAGGUUGGUAUGUUAUCAUGAAAUUCUGGAAAAAGAUUUAUGUGCAACUGUCAUGGAAGAUGAUUAUUAUUGGCUGAAUAGAAAAAGUAUGCAUAGACUUGGUGAUAUACCGUUCAUCACCGAGAAAACCAAAAAAUCAGCAACAAUGACGCUUGUUCCAAUGUCAUCAACAUCUUCAUUAUCCACGAUGGCAUGUUCAAGCCCUGUAACAUCAAUAGCAGAUUCAAUUCAAUCCAGUCCACCAAAUUCAAUAGGUAAUGUUUACUUGCAUCCAUCAGAUAUUGAAUUAGAAAUUGUUAAGGAUGACGAUAAUAAUGGCGAUAAUAGCAAAUAUCCAAAUAAUUUUGAGGAAAAAUCUAGUUUUAGAGAUGACGCUUCAAGUAUUUUAAGUAUGGAAUUUGAAGAUGCAAAAGAACAAAUUGAAAAUACAAUACUUUUUAAUUCGUCAUCGUUUUCAUCAUCAUCAAUUAUUCCAAUAUCAUCUACAAGUUCUUUAGGAAUGCCAAUCAGUCCAUUUAGGGCUUGGAGAUGUAGAAUUACCGUUGGAAAAGCUCCACCUAAAGCGGAAGUACAAGAUAAUAUUGCUAUUUAA